GGAGGUACGGGCUGUUUUAUUCUGGGGAUGAGGACUGCAGAUCAAUAGUUGACAGCUUGACCAUAGCUCCAGUUCCUUGUACCAGACAGCAACAUGACCGACGACGAGGGAAUGUGGGUGAUUGGCUACGGGUCACUUAUAUUCAAGCCGCCACCGCACUGUGCGUUCAAGAUCUCGGGGUAUCUAAAAGGGUUUAUUCGAAGAUUUUGGCAAAGUUCUUCUGAUCAUCGAGGAACGAUUGAAAGCCCAGGAAGAGUGGUUACUCUAGUAUCAUUGGAUGAUUUAAAGCAGCACAAGAGGUUUCAUAACGAUCUCCAUAUGUACGAGAUGAGGAGCCAUGACCGUGAAUGUGAUUUAGUGGAUUCGAGUGAGUCGAUUGAACAAAUUAAAGAUAUUCCUUAUAGAAUAGAUCAAUUAUCAGACGAGGAUUUGAGAGUAUGGUGUGUUGCAUAUUACAUUUCUCCCGAGUACGUGGAAGAGGUUCGCAAUUAUUUGAAUAUCAGAGAACAAGAUGGUUAUACUACUCAUAAAGUACCAUUUCAUAUAACCAAUAUUCCAGAAAAAGUUGAUCCAAACGUCAUUGAAAGAAUACCGCAUAAUAAACAAGGAGAUCGUUUUAUAGAGUCCUAUAUCUACAUAGGCACGAUUGAUAACGACUCGUUCAUUGGUCCGGAAUCAGUGGUUGAUACCGGAGAAAAAAUCAAAAUAAGUAAAGGUCCUAGUGGAUUAAAUUCCGAUUAUUUAAGAGACUUGACUCUCGCAGUUAGAACUUUAGAUCCCAACGGAUUGUCUAGAGACUAUUAUUUAGAAGACUUGCUUAAUUUAGUUGAUAAUUAAUUAUUAUAUAGUCUAAAUUAAAAAGAUACCAAUA